CCCAGCAACUGGAGUCCAGCCAGUGGGUCUAUCUCUCCACCCCGUGCGGGGAAAGGAUAGAAUCAACCUCUCGAUAAGCCCGUGCCAAGUGAUAACACGCGAAAGACCUUUAUCUCUUGAUAAUAGAGAAGCUUCGUAUUGCGGCCUUUGGGCCCAAUGGAAAUCCGGGUAUAAAGAACCCGACCCCGACCAUGAAAGAGAUGACGUCUCCAACGACUUUAAUCCCCCAGAUCGAAGUGGACUACGUUACCCGCUUUUGUCCCCAUGAUUGACGCUGCCAAGGAUACGAAAGACGAUGUGCGGAGCUCCGCCAGCGUCGAGAAACACGAUGUGACGUCGGGCGAGAUCCGCGACAUUGGAGCAGACCUCUACGCUGAAAUUGAUCAACUGUCACCAGAAGAGCUCGAGCGCGAAGGCGUCGAAGUGCGCAAGCUUUUGGACUGGAGGAUUAUGCCCAUGCUCUAUGUGACAUACGUUAUACAAUUUUUAGACAAGCUGUCACUCAAUUAUGCCUCCGCUUAUUCGUUCAUCCCUGACCUCGGUCUCGAGGGCCAGAGGUACUCCUGGGUUGCAGCAAUCUUCAACUUCGGAUAUCUCUUUUGGGCUAUACCGUCCAACUUAAUGAUCCAACGUCUGCCGCUUGCGAAAUACAUGGGCACAGUUCUUCUGAUUUGGGCCGGCCUCGUCAUUGCACACAUCGGUGCCAAAAACUAUGCCGGGAUAUUGGUCUUGAGAUUUCUCUUAGGUAUGGCGGAGGCAGGAGUUAGCCCGUGUAUGAUGAACUUCACCUCGAUGUUCUAUAAGCGAUCCGAACAGCCUCUCCGGAUGAGUAUCUGGCUAUCUGGGAACGGGAUGGCAACAAUGGUCGGUGCUCUCCUGGGGUUCGGACUAGGCCACUCUCACAACACCAGUCUGCGAAGCUGGCAAUUGAUCUUCCUCACAAUCGGCCUACUCAAUUUUAUGAUCGGGUGCUUCUUCCUCUGGCUCGUGCCCGACUCACCGAGCACAGCUAAGUUCCUAUCACACAGACAGCGCAUCGUGGCUGUCCAUCGAGUAUCGGAGAAUAUGAUUGGUAUCAAGACCAAAGAAAUCAAGCCGCGUCAAGCUUUGGAACUCUUGUACGACGUCAAAGUAUUCUGCUGUAUCGGCAUUGGCAUCGCUUGCGGCGUCAUCAACGGCGGCGUUUCUAACUUCUCCUCAUCUCUGAUCAAGGGAUAUGGCUUUAGUGGCAUCUAUGCAACACUCCUGCAACUGCCAACAGGGGCCAUCGAAGCUUUGGUAGUCCCCAUUUGCGGUUUAAUAUCGACUUAUGUACGAGACUCGCGCUGUAUAGUCUUAGCCGUCGUGUGUCUGAUUCCCUUCGGCGGCCUCCUCGGCAUUCGCUUCACGAACUUUGACCAUCGAUGGACCUUGGUAGGCUGUACAUGGCUCCAAUACAUCAUCGGAGCUCCAGUUAUUGUGUCCUGGAACCUUCUCUCGACCAACGUAGCCGGUCAUACGAAACGCUCCCUCGCAAACGGGCUCUGGUUCACGGUGUAUGCGGCUGGGAAUGUCGCGGGAGCCAACAUCUUCUUUGCUCGCGAAGCUCCGCGUUAUUAUUCGGCUUUGACUGGUCUUCUCGUCUGCUACGCGGGAAUGAUAGUUCUGGCUGCUGUCGCCUAUGUAGCCAUGAAGUGGGAAAAUAUGCGAAGGAAUCGCAGCAUGGCGCUAGAGGAAACGGCAGGCCAGCGUGAAGAUGCUGCUGUUCUUGAUGGCUUUAAGGAUAUGACGGAUAUGGAGUCGAAGAAUUUCAGAUAUGCGCUUUAAUUGCAGGUAGACGGACAGUAGAGUAUCUCUCAUAUAGCGAUUCGUAAUUCCGCGAUGUUUUCUUCUAUAAUGCGCAAACUGACUCCCUGUUUAUUCCUACUCCGGGUAAAAAUUCCCUAACUAUCGUGAAUCAAAGUUCUCAAUAGUAUCGUAAUGCAACUCGUGAUAAUACUUGCCCCGAGUAUCGCUAUCGUCCUGGCCAGUUUCUUGUUUCUACGACUCCGGGCUGUUGGGCCGAUUGAACUAACUCACAUAACGUCUCCAUGUCGGGGCUGUUACAAAAGCCAUUAUAUCUGAGUUCCUCGUCUCAACUUGAGUACAUGACUCCAAUUUGAAUACACUCUACGGAUAGUUAGAUUGGUAGCAGUGCUUAUUGCAUUGCCUCUGUCUUCGGGGCCAUCUAUGAACAUUCCGAAUCUGGUAUUGUAGUUGUGGAAGGCCUAGAAUAGUUCUAUCAAUAGUCUGCUGCCGAUGAUCCAAUCACGAUGCUCUUUGCGGAUAUGUUCUCGUAUUCUUGGGCCGGUCUGGCGAGGGGUACAUAGC